AUGGUUCAGCUAGCAAAGUUUCUUGCUCUUGUGUCGUCGCUUAAUGUUGUUCUUGCUUACACCGUCCCAUCGCGCAGGGCAACUGUGUGCAAUGGACACGCAGAGCUUUGUGAUCGUGUCUACUCAAACGUCACCUUCAUAGGUGCUCACGAUUCUUUUGCAUUCAGUACCGAUCCCUUGAAUUUGUCUCGCGAUCAGAUGGUUGAUGUACCUACACAACUGAGCCUAGGUGUUCGAUUGCUUCAAGCCCAAUCCCAUGUCAACUCGCAAGACGGACAGUUACAUUUCUGCCAUACUAGCACUGUUGUCGACUACCUGAAGACUGUCAAAACAUUCUUGGACGCGAAUCCAAACGAGGUAUUGACAUUGUUGUUCACCAACCCCGAGGCACAGUCCGUCAGCACAGUCUGGAAGCCUGCAUUUGAUACCGCCGGCAUAACUCCGUUGGCGUAUGUGCCCCCCUCUGUCCCGGUCAAAAACUCAGAUUGGCCCACGCUCGGCCAGCUCAUUGACAGUGGGAAGAGAGUCAUCGUAUUCCUUGAUGCAGGCGCAGACACAUCUGCUGUUGAUUUUAUCCUUCCUGAAUUUGAAAUGAUUUGGGAAACUCCAUUUAGCGUCACAGACGCAUCUUUCCCCUGUUCUGUCGACAGGAUACAAGGCCCACUGGCGACUGCGGACCACUCGUAUAUGAUCAAUCACUCCCUCAACAAAAAUAUUCUUCCAAUUGGUAAUGGAGUCAUUGUGUCUGACCCGAUCGACGCGCCCACCACGAACUCGGUGACAUCAAUCCUAGCUAAUGUUGCCAACUGCGUACCUCUCAGCGGUGCCAACCGAAACCCUCAGUUCCUCCUACUUGACUGGGUAAACGUGGGUCAAGGUCUACAAGCCGCAAAUAUGUUGAAUGGAUUGGCGUGA